UCGACGUACCAGAAGCAAGGCCAAUGGAAAGAGACUGAAGAGCUGUUUGUACAAGUGAUGGAGACAAGUUUAAAGGUGCUAGAUGGGGAACAUCCUUACAUACUGAGCAGCAUGGCCAACCUAGUAUUAAUAUACUGGAAUCAAGGCUGA